AUGCGCAAGCUUUUUCUUGAAGCUGAUCCUGAUACGAGUUCUACCAUGAAAUUGGAAUCGCUCUUAGCUAAAGUUCUUCCUAACUAUCGCUUAGAUCUAUUAAAACAGAAGGCCAAGGAUCCGGAUGAAUUUCAACAGAUGGCACGCGACUUAGAACACACUUACCUGGUUUUGAAUGCUAUUGAACAAAAUGUUCAGUCUAACGGUUCGUUUUCUGGCGUUUCAUCUACUUCAUCGACUAGUUAUUAUAAUUCGUCUUUUCAACCACACCAACGUCCGUCAUUCACUCCUUCACCACGAUAUGGACCUCGAUCUAAUAAUGCUUCGUCUUAUUUUUCACAACCCGUUCCAUUUGCACAUGUCUCUCGUUUUCCGAGUCCAUCUUCAUCUAACUCGCCAAGUCGUUCUUUCCAACCGCGUGCUAAUCGUGGUUCGUUCAAUCGUCGUUUCAGUACUCCGCGUCAGAAUCUUUCUGUCUUCCAACCAUCGUCAUCACCAUCUUCAACGUUUCCACCUUCGCCAACUCCAAUGUUUCCGUCUUCGUCAUCCUCGGAUGUACUGCCUCCGCUCAUGUCAUUACCAGAUACCACUUCUACACCAUCACCAUCAACUGAUCCACCAUCUUCCAUUGUUACACCUACUAUUAGUUGUCAACUUUGUUCUAACCUCGUGUCGGAUGGUACUGCCUCCCAUGUUUCUGCUUUUCAUCCAUCCAAACCCUUUCUUCUUUAUGCUACUUUAUUCGUUAAUAAUACACUUUUACAUACUCUUAUCGAUACUGGUGCUUCUGCUACUUGUGUUAAUUUACAAGUACUUCAACAGCUUUCCAAUGUUCGUUAUGCUGACCGCCAAUCUCGUUCUUUUCUUUUAGCCGAUGGAGUUUUACCACUUAGUAGUACUGGUCUCGUUGAACUCUCUAUAAACAUUAACAAUACCUGUAUUCCUUUUUAUGCACUCACUGCCGAGAAACUUUGCGUUGAUCUUAUUCUUGGCAUGGAUUUUAUGAUUGUCUUUCAUGCCAUUAUCGAUAUCCAUUCUCAGCAACUCUCCAUUAACGUUGAUAAUCAACGUCUUAUUAUUCCUAUUGAUGAUCCGAUACGUCGUCCGCUCGUUCCAAUUCGUGCUGCUCGAUUUACCUGUAUUCUUCCUCAAUCAAGUUAUUCAAGUUCAACAUCAUUCUUCGUCUCUCCGGGUGUUGAACCACUCGCUCUACCCCACGAGAUCCCUCGUCAUUUCUGUUUGGGUUAUUUACUCAGCCAUCAGACGCAGCUUCCAUCUUAUAUCGAUCAACUUUCGGUUCUCUGCCGUCGUCAAAAUGAAAAGAAGAACGCGCAACUUUUUCCAGCUACAGCUGUUUCUACUGAAUCUCCUUCAUUAUGCUCAUUACCUUCUCCAUUGCUUGCCGAUCUUUCUGCACCGUUGCCUACACCUGAAUUACCGCAACCUAUGGCAGCGUUGGUUCAUCAUUUAGUUGAUCCUCAUCGUAAACAUCAAUUCUCACAUCUUCUAAACUGGUAUACUCCUCUUUUUGACAACUCGCGCCAUAAUAUUUCUGAUAUUGUCAUUGAAGAUGUCUUUAAUACCGUUCCCCAUACACCUCCGACUUUUCGGCCUCAUCGUAAUCCACACACUCGCGAAGAGACUCGGUGCCUUAUUGAUGAAUUUCUGGAAGCUGGCCUGAUUCGUGAAUCCAAUUCUCCUUAUGCGGCUCCAGCUUUCAUUGUGCCUCGUAAAGAUGAUCGUCCUGGUCGACUGGUGGUGGACUAUCGUGCGCUUAAUCGGAUCACUAUUCCUGAUGCUAGUCCUCUUCCUCAUGGAGAAGAUCUUUUACAAGAACUAGGCAAGGGAUAUACAUGUUUCAAUAAACUUGAUUUAAAGUCGGGCUACCACCAAUCUCGUUUACCCUCUGCUGAUUCCCCUAAAACCGCCUNUUCUUCUUCUUUUUUAUUGUCGUUUGCAAUUGGGCAAGUUCAAUUGAUUCAAAUGCCACGAACACGUCCUUCAUGUUUCUGGUCUCGAUCAUAUUGA